AUGGUGAACCUAACUGACCGGGUGGGUGAGUUGGAAGGCAGGAUAGAUGGCAUGCAACGGAGUGUUGAAUCGGUGGAGAAGAAUGUAGCGGACUUGCUGGAACAGUUCGCUUGGUUGAGAACGAGAUGGGAAGAACAGGAGAGGGAGAGGAAGAACAAGGAGAAGCUGGGAGGCCAGCCUCCGGAAUUCGCCCAAGAUUCAAAAGCGACACCGAAAAUGGGGGUGAGGCGAGUGGAGGCAGGGGGUUUUGAGGGGGGGUGGCGUUCGGAGGGUCGAGGCCGACGGCUGGAGAUGCCCCUUUUCGAAGGUGAAGACCCCGAUGGCUGGAUAUUCCGAGCCGAUAGAUACUUCGCAGUGAAUGGGCUGACUGAAGAAGAGAAGAUGGACACGGCAGCGUUGUGCUUGGAGGGUGUUGCGCUCUCGUGGUUUCAAUGGGAGGAGAAGCAGCGAAGGGUUAGGAGUUGGGAGGACUUCAAGUUCUUGAUAAGGAACCGCUUCCGACCCACCCAAGAAGGCUCAAUCGAAGAGCGUUUUCUCGCCCUCCGGCAGAAAGGAACUGUCAAGGAGUACCGCCAAUGCUUCGAGGCAUUGGCAUCGCCCCUUGAAAACCUGCCGGAAGCUAUGCUAGACGGGCAUUUCAUCAAUGGACUGCAACCUGAUAUCAAAGCCGAGUUGAGGGUGCUGAGGCCGAGAGGCUUAGAGCAAAUGAUAGACUUAGCCCAACGCAUAGAAGAGCGGAAUCGAGUGGUCCGAGGUGGCCUGGGUGGUUUAGGGUCGAACAAGGGACAGGCCAUGCUGAACCCAGCUCAAACUUAUCAGCGAGGGGGAAUUCUACCACCCUUCCAGCAGCCCCAAAAACAAACGACGGUAGACGAGGAGGUAGAUGGGGGUGAACUGUUAGAAGAAAUCACAAGAGAGCCUGGGCAAAGUGGGGAGGUCAUUGAGCUCUCCAUGAAUUCGCUGUUAGGGCUAAUCAGGGAGGAAACAACAGGGUACGAUGUGAUUUUGGGUACGGGAGUGGCAGUUCAAGGGGCUGGUAUUUGCAAAGGAGUGAAGCUUCAGCUCCAAAAUUUGCAGAUUGUGGAAGAUUUCUUGCCCUUGGAGUUGGGAAGCUCGGAUGUUAUUCUGGGAAUGAGAUGGCUAGCAACGGUGGGAAAGAUGAAUGUGGAUUGGAAAACUCUCACCAUGAAGUUUCAAGUAGGGGGCAUGGCUGUAACCUUGCAGGGGGAUCCUAGCUUGAGCAAGACAUUGGUAUCUUUAAAAGCUAUGGUAAAAGCAUUCAAGGAGAAGGGGGAAGGGAUGUUGCUGGAAUUGGGGGCAAUGGCAGCUGAAAUUGAAGAAGAUCAGAGAGCAGUUCCAGAAUUGCUGAAAGGGGCAUUGGCUGAAUAUGGAAGGGUGUUUACUGCUGUGGAGGGGCUGCCACCUAGUAGGGAAAGGGACCAUGCCAUAAACCUACUUUGGGGAUCCUCACCGGUGAGUGUAAGACCCUACCGUUAUCCUUAUUUACAAAAGAAUGAGAUUGAGAAGUUAGUAGGUGAAAUGUUGGCCGCAGGAAUCAUCCAACCCAGCUCCAGUCCAUUUUCCAACCCAGUAUUAUUGAUUAAGAAGGAGGAUGGAGGGUGGCGCUUUUGUGUCGAUUAUAGGGCCUUAAACAAGGUAACGGUUCCAAACAAAUUUCCCAUUCCGGUGAUAGAUGAGUUGCUUGAUGAGUUGCAUGGUGCUCGGGUUUUUUCCAAGCUUGACUUAAAAUCUGGUUACCACCAGAUUCGGGUUAGGCCCAAGGAUGUUCCAAAGACAGCAUUUAGGACUCAUGAAGGGCAUUACGAGUUCUUAGUGAUGCCUUUUGGAUUGAUGAAUGCCCCGGCUACGUUCCAAGCGUUGAUGAAUGAAAAUUUCAGGGAUUAUUUGAGGCGUUUUGUGUUGGUGUUUUUCGAUGAUAUCUUGGUGUAUAGCAGCAGUUUGGAACAACAUGAACAACACCUAAGAUGUGUGUUAAAGGUGUUAGCGGACAACCAACUGGUGGCCAACAACAAGAAGUGUGUGUUUGGGCAGCUGGAAAUUGAGUAUUUGGGCCAUGUUAUUUCCUAUGUGGGAGUUUCAACUGAUAGUAACAAGGUGCAAGCAAUGAUAGAUUGGCCUACUCCAACAACGGUAAAGGAAUUGAGGGGGUUUCUUGGGCUUACGGGGUACUAUAGACGCUUCGUGAGAGACUAUAGUAAGCUGGCUCGGCCUCUAACAGAUCGAUUGAAAAAAAAACAACUUUUUUUGGGAUGUGGUUGCUGA